AUGUCUUCCAGUCAAGUCCCCUCCUCGCCUUUUCGCGAUAUAGAGGAUGAUACACUAGACCAGUCCCAGUUGCCUGGAGACUCCUUGGGAGAGUCCAGUGGACAUCAACAACAGAACCUCCCGAGUUCUCCUAUUUUCGUGCCACAGUCUUCGGAUCCUCCGCUGGUGAGUGAUGAUCCCAGAUCUUCGAAUCCGUUCCAGCGUUUGGCCGAGGCGUCGUCGCCUUUGAACUUCUUGUCGUCUGAUCUAAGAACUGAUAACUCCAGAACAAGCGUCAGAUCCAGUGGUGUCACUCCAAGACGGAUCCGUGGUGAUAUCCAUUCAGCAGAGGGUAUUUCUUCUCCCAGAAGAUUUUUCACCCAACACUCUAAUAGGCUAUCGAGUGAUAUAAUGGCAUCUUCGUCUUCAGCUGGUUUGAACUCUGAUGCCAACGCCGGUAACCCAGACGAGCCAGUCAGAGUGAUCUGGGGUACCAACGUGUCGAUUCAGGAGUGUGCCGAUAACUUCAAGGGGUUUCUUAUGGCAUUCAAGAUGAAGCACAGAAAGAGACUUGAGGGAAUAGAGAGUGGUUUCAGUGAGUCUGACGAGGCUUUCUACUAUGUGGACAUGCUUAGCAAGAUGAGAGAAACCGGUGGAACCAAUCUGAACUUGGAUGCAAAAAACUUGCAAGCCUUUCCUUCUACGAAGAAGCUUUAUCACCAACUGAUCAACUAUCCUCAGGAGGUGAUUCCCAUUAUGGAUCAAUGUAUCAUGGACUCCAUGGUUUCGCUUGCCUACGAUAACAACACCGAGGAGAAUUUGGAUGUGGCUGAUAUCGAGUCGCGGGUCUUCAAGGUUAGGCCUUAUAAUAUCACCAACCAGAAGGGUAUGAGAGAAUUGAACCCCAACGAUAUCGACAAGCUGGUGGCGGUCAAAGGUCUGGUGAUCAGGUCCACUCCAAUUAUCCCCGAUAUGAAGAUCGCUUUCUUUAGGUGCAGUGUGUGUGAGCACACUCUUGUUGUUGAGAAUGACAGAGGUGUGAUUCAGGAACCCACUCAAUGUCCCCGUCUGGCAUGUCAGCAGAAGAACUGUAUGCAGAUUGUUCACAACAGAUCUUCGUUUGCUGAUAGACAGGUAAUCAAGCUUCAGGAGACUCCAGACAAUAUUCCCGAUGGUCAAACCCCACACUCGGUUUCUCUGUGUGUGUACGAUGAACUCGUGGAUGCCACCAGGGCUGGUGACAGAAUCGAGGUGUGCGGAAUCUUCAGAUCGACUCCUGUUAGAACCAACCCAAGACAGAGAGCUGUAAAGGCGUUGUACAAGACAUAUCUCGACAUUGUGCACAUCAGAAAGAUUGACAGGAAAAGAAUGUCGCCAGAUGAGUCCACACUGGAGAAUGAACUGAGGGACCAGCAGGAGGUUCAAGAAGUCAGAAAGAUAUCCGAGGCCGAAAUCGAAAAGAUCCACCAGGUGUCAACCAGAGAUGAUCUGUAUCAGGUACUUUCCAGAUCUCUUGCUCCUUCUAUUUUCGAAAUGGAUGAUGUGAAGAAGGGCAUUUUGCUGCAGUUGUUCGGUGGUACUAACAAAACCUUUGUGAAAGGAGGUAAGUACAGAGGUGACAUUAACAUUUUGUUAUGUGGUGAUCCCUCGACUUCCAAAUCUCAACUUCUGCAGUACGUCCACAAAAUUGCUCCUAGAGGUAUCUACACCUCUGGUAAGGGUUCCUCUGCUGUCGGUCUUACUGCUUAUAUUACCAAAGACUUUGAGACCAAAGAACUGGUGUUGGAGAGUGGAGCUCUGGUUCUUUCAGAUGGAGGUGUCUGCUGUAUCGAUGAAUUCGACAAGAUGUCGGAUUCCACAAGAUCCGUGCUGCACGAAGUCAUGGAACAACAGACAAUCUCGAUUGCCAAGGCCGGGAUCAUUACCACCUUGAACGCUAGAACUUCCAUCCUCGCCUCGGCCAAUCCUAUCGAGUCAAGAUACAACCCAGACUUGCCUGUGACCAAGAACAUCGACCUUCCUCCUCCUCUUCUUUCCAGAUUCGAUCUGGUUUACUUAAUCCUCGACAAGGUUGACGAAAAACUGGAUAGACAGCUGGCUCAGCACCUGACCAGCAUGUACUUGGAGGACCGUGUUGAUAGUGCUGCGAAGACCGAGAUCCUUCCUGUGGAAUUCUUGACUUCCUAUAUCCAAUACGCGAAGGAGAACUACAACCCGGUGAUUACAGAAGAGGCUAAGAGAGAAUUGGUGAAAGCCUAUGUGGAUAUGAGGAAGCUGGGUGAGGAUGUGAGGUCCUCAGAGAAGAGAAUCACUGCUACCACCAGACAGUUGGAGUCUAUGAUUAGACUUGCGGAAGCACACGCAAAGAUGAGAUUGUCGCAGACAGUUGACCUUUCCGAUGUGUUGGAGGCUGUCAGGCUGAUCAAGUCUGCGAUCAAAGAUUACGCCACGGAUCCUGUUACUGGAAGAAUAGACAUGGAUUUGGUUCAGACCGGUCAGACAGCUUCAGAGAGAAGAAUGCAGGAGGAUCUCGUGAAGGAAAUUCUGUCGAUGAUUCAAAACAGUUCUGGUGUGACCACAUAUGACAAGUUGCUCGCAAAUAUCAACGAGAACUCGCAAGCAAGGGUUGAAAACGCAGAUCUAUCCGAAGCCUUGAGGAGACUGGAGACUGAGAACAAAGUGGCCGUGGUCGGAGCAGGCCAUAAGCGUGAGAUCAGGCUGACAUCUCUCAGGGUUUGA